AUGCGACAGAAAGAAAGUUCGACAACACACAAGACUCCAAACAACCCACACACAGGGAGGAAAAAGAUUCCGACACGACCCCAGCCAAAGAGCAGUUCCGACAACCACACAAAGAUCUCCAACCAGACACCAGGGAGAGACGCGGAAUCCACCACACCCAAGGAGGAGAUUCCGGACACCACACCAAGCAUCCCCUCAGCACUCACACCAGGGAGAAGUUUCCGACCACAAGAGGAGUUCCACACCAUACCAAGAUCCCCAACACCACACCAGUUCCGACACCACACCAAGAGGAGUUACACCGAGUUCCGACACACCACACAAUCCCCAACACCCACACCAGAAGGAGUUCCGAACCGACACCAGACACCAAAACGACCCCCACCCCCCCCAACACCACACCCAGGAGAGUUCCGACACCACACCAAGAGGAGUCCGACCACCACACCCCAAGAUCCCAAACACCACCCCAGGGAGACACCCACUAAGUCCGACACCACACCCAAGCAGGAGUUCCGACACCACACCAAGAUCCCACCACACCACAGUAGAAGGAGUUCCGACACCACACCAAGAUCCCCAACACCCACCCAGGGAGAGUUCCGACCACCACACCAAGAGGAUUCCGACACCACACCAAGAUCCCCAACACCACACCAGGAGAGUCCGACACCACACCAAGAGGAGUUCCGACACACACCGACACCACACCAGGAGAGUUCCGACACCACACCAACGAGGAGUUCCGACACCACACCAAGAUCCCCACACCACACCCAGGGAGAGUUCGCGACACCACACCCAGGAAGAAAGUUCCGACACCACACCAAGAUCCCCCAAAUCACACACCGAGGGAGAUAUUCCGAACACCACACCACCGAAGGAGUUUCCGACAGCCACACCAAGAUCCCCAACACCAGCACCAGGGAGAGUUCCGACACCACACCACAGAGGAGUUCCGACACAACCAAGAUCCCCAACACCCACACCCAGGCGAGAGUUCUGACACCAGAAGAAGUUCCCGCACACCACACCAAGAUCCCCAACACACACCAAGAGUUCCGCACACACACCAACCAGGAGUUCCGACACCACACCUCCCAACACCCACACCCAGGAGACGCGACACCACACAGGCAGAGUUCCGACACCACACAAAGAUCCCCAACACACACACCAAGAGGAGUUCCGAACCACACCAAUGAGGGGAGUUACCCAAACACCACACCAGGGACAGCCACACCAAGAGGGAGUUCCGAAUCCCCAACACCACACCCAGCGGACGACGCGACACCACACCAAAGUUCAAGACCCCAACCCAACACCACACCCAGGGGAACCACUACCAAAGACGUUUCCGACACCACACACCAGGAACACCAAGAUCCGACACCACACCCAAGAUCCCGCAACACCACACCAGGACACCACACAAGAGAGUUCCGACACCACCAAGCCAUCCCAAACACCACAAAAACACACCAAGAGUUCCCCAACACCACACCCAGAGGAGUUCCGACACCACACCAAGACCCCGAGUUCCAGGGGGAGAGUUCCGAACCACACCAGAGGGAGAGUUUCGACACCACACCAAAGAGCGGAGACGACCACACCAAGAGUGUCCGCACCCACACACCACACCACACCACGGAGAUUCAUUCGACGACACACACCAAGAGGAGUUCCGACACCACACCAAGAUCCCCACACCACCACCAGGAGAGCUUCCACCCAACACACCACCACACAAGAGAGUUCCCACAACCACACCCAGGAGAUCCCAACACACACCCAGGAGGGAGAAGGAAGUUCCGCACACCACACACCAAGAUCCCCCAAACACCACAGCAGGGGGAGUUCCGACACCAGGGAGACCAAGAUCCCAAAAACACCACACCAGAAACACCAACACCCAGGGAGACGCGACACCACACCAGGAAGAGUUCCGACACCACACCAAGAUCCCCAACACCACACCAGGGAGAGUUCCGACACCACACCAAGCAAGAGUUCCGGCACACCACACCAAAGAUUCGACCACACCCAGAAGAGGACAGACCGGAGAGUUCCGCACCACACAAUAUCUCCAACACUACACCAGGGAGACGCGCACCACACCCAGGGAGUCCGACACCACACCUUAUUCGCGAGAGGACCAUGAACCCUCCGCUCCUAUCAGUCUCGACAGCUCGACAAGUCCCUAAAGAGAGUGAGUCCGGACUAUUCACAGCUGAGAAGAUUUUGUACCAAACGUUUUGUUCCAUUUCCUCGCUUUCUUGGUUCCACCGAUGUGUCUUAGUCAAACUUGGAUGCCAUUUAAGUUUUGAUGGUGAUCCUAAUCCUUAUAUGGAUCGAGGAUAG